GAUGCUGAUGAACAGGCCAGUUCACAAGGACUAAUUUUCAGCCGCAUUUCCAGAUGUCUCUAGCAUGGAUCAGGGAUUGACUAAUAUUGUUGAAAUUGCCACCACCCGUUCCUGGUUAGAGUAUCCAGACUUGGAGUCUAAGGAUCCCAGAUCAGCUGGGCUGAUGUCUAAACACAAGGAAGCAGACGGGGAGUGGAAGGAUGAAUGGGACGUUCCAGAUGUGGUUGGAUCGACACUGGGUUCCAGUAAUUUGGGACACAUGGGGAAUUGCACAGUGUUUUAGGUUGUUUUUGUGGUUUCUGGUUUUUGGCUCAAUGGUGGACCGUUGCUAGGCUUUGGAUAUAUUUUGGCACGGCUGUUCUGAAAGAGUCACAAAUCACGCUGUGCCUGCUGCUGCUACUGUUGAUGCUGCUGAAAGACUGUCUGUCAAAUGGACUUUAGAGAAGAGGAAGGUUUGCCUCGAGGCUUUGAUUAAGUUAUAAAUGAUUAGCCCCUAUGACCAACAUGAGCUGGAGUUUCCUAACCCGCCUGCUAGAAGAAAUUCACAAUCACUCCACCUUCGUGGGGAAGAUCUGGCUCACUGUCCUGAUUGUCUUCCGUAUCGUCCUGACGGCCGUUGGAGGAGAGUCCAUCUAUUCUGAUGAACAGAGCAAGUUUAUGUGCAACACCAAGCAGCCUGGCUGUGAUAACGUCUGCUAUGACGCCUUCGCGCCGCUGUCACACGUCCGAUUCUGGGUCUUCCAGAUCAUCAUGAUCUCAACCCCUUCCGUCAUCUACUUGGGCUAUGCCAUCCACAGGAUCGCAAGGUCCUCUGAGGAGGAGCAUAAGAGAUUUAAAAGCUUCAAGAAGAAAAAGCAGUUUGCGCUGAACUGGCAGCCCGUCCGCAAUCUGGAAGACCCCUUGGGAGCAGAGGAGGAAGAGCCCAUGAUAGUGGACGAAAUAGUAGAGAGUGAAGAGAAAGCCAAAGCAAAGGAGGAGAAGAAGAAGGAGCAGAAGAAACAUGAUGGAAGGAGGCAUAUCCAAGAGGAGGGCCUGAUGAAGAUUUAUGUCUUCCAGCUUCUCACCAGAGCCUCUUUCGAAAUUUGCUUCUUGAUAGGCCAGUAUAUGCUCUAUGGCUUUGAAGUCAUGCCAAAAUACAUUUGCACCCGAGAUCCUUGCCCACACAACGUUGACUGCUUCGUGUCAAGGCCAACAGAGAAGACCAUCUUCCUCCUGAUCAUGUACGUCGUCAGCUGCCUUUGCCUGUUGCUCAACUUGGCCGAGAUGUGUCACUUGGGGAUUGGGACCAUCAGAGAUGCCAUCCGCGACAGGAAAAUCCAUAGCUUUAGACAGCCGCCCUAUAAUUAUGCUGCCUACCCAAAGAAUAUUUCUUGCCCUCCAGAGUAUAAUCUGGUGGUGAAAUCGGACAAGCAGGCCAAGGUUCCCAACAGCCUGAUGGCCCAUGAGCAGAACUUGGCCAACGUGGCUCAGGAACAGCAGUGCACAAGCCCCGAUGAGAACAUCCCCCCAGACUUGUCCACGCUUCAUAAACACUUGAGGGUGGCUCAGGAGCAGCUGGACAUUGCUUUCCAGAGCUACAACAGCACUCAGGCACACACUCAGCCAUCAAGAACCAGUAGCCCUGCUUCCAGUGGGACAGUGGCAGAGCAGAACCGAGCCAACACUGCCCAGGAGAAACAGGGGGCUAAGCCCAAAGCCAGUUCAGAGAAGGGUAGUACUAAUGGCAAGGAUGGGAAGAACUCUGUUUGGAUAUAGUGGGGGGUCUUUCCAAGGUCAGGGAAUCAAGAGGGAAGGGUGCUUUCCUGUUCCUCCACUAAAAUGGGAUUUGUUUAAGAGAGCACUAGCAAUGCAGUUUUUGAUUUUUUACAAAGGCCAAAUGUUUUGCUAAAUGAUGCCAAAUGGUUUGAAGUGACGCAUUUCAGGAAUAACUUCCAGUUUGUUAACAAGAGGCCUCUCCCACCUCCUUAACCACUCCUGUCUCGUGAUGCGGGAGUCCUUCCUUAUCCAAAAAUGGUGGAACCUUUGGACAUUCCUAAGAGUAAGUUGCAGGGUUUUAUUUGUUUUUUUGUCCUUAUCGCUUGUCAGAUAAAACGGUGGGGGUUGCCAGGUUUUGUCCUCUGACUCAAGAUGGAAAAAGAAAGCAAUCCCCUGAGUGGACAACUGGGGCUUCCAAAUCUUCUCCUUGCAGAGGUUUUGGGGGGCCCAGCCCUUGAAUUGGUGUAUAUCUCAGGUAGUCUUCCUUGCUCAGCUGGCUCCAUUCAGAAUUGCUUUCUCAUCUCUUCCUGCAGAUUGUCUUGUGUUUUCCCCUUGCUCCUUGUUUAUCCAUCCCUUCUAUCAUCCCUCACUCUGCUAGUUCAUCUCUUUUCAUUGGCACCCCCUUUCUUAUGGCCCUAAUGCCAUCUUCUUUCCAUAGUCAGUGAUCCAAUGUUUCCUCCCUUUUGUCCAUUCAUACACCAGACGUUACAUGACUUCUGGCUGGGUCUUUUCCAGUCACUGCCUUCCUCUACCAUUUCUGUCCCUGUGUAAGCUUGUGCUAAGGCCUGUAGUGAUGGAAGACAUCACUAGUCAUUGUGUGAUGCACCAUCUUGUCCAAGGGGAAACGGUGUGUGAAUUCAACACUACUGGGGUAUGAAAAAUGGAGGCUCCCAUCAGCCCUUUGAAGGGGAAACUUUGACCAUACUGAUCAACUAUCUGUCCAGAUCAUAUGCCCUGUUGCACUGUGCUCAUGUUCUGAAGUUGAAUGGCUACAGUAACCCUUAACUGAAUUGAUUUCUCACUCCUUUGGUGAAAGACGACAUGCCUGCAAAAGCUGCCAUGAUAUCUUACAAUAAUGCUCCAAAUGGUUAUGCAAGCUCACGAAAUCACCUCCGCAAUUACUAAUGGUGUACUAAUGUAUACACAGCUAUGUCCUAACCACAUCAUGGCUUCCAGAAAGCAGGAGUUAGCUUUCAAAGACAAAGCUGAAACCCCGAAACAAGGACUUCCUGAUCUAGUCUGACAGCUUAAGAUUUCUGCUGUUGACUUCAGUGGAGCCACAACUUCAAAGGUGUGUAGUGUUUACUCUUUCAUUCGUCAGCAUUUAAGCUGAGAAGAAGAUAGGAGCGAAGCACUUUGGCCAUGUUACAAUAUACAUUGCGAAUGUGUUGUAGAAUUGUGCUUUCCUACAGCAUUGAUUACUGGGAGGGGAUAAGGAAGAUCUCACCACUGCUUCAACACUUCCUAAGCAAAAGUGCCUUUAGCAACAUUAGGAGGAUGGAAUAACAGAACACUUCUGACAUCUUUGUUGCAUCUUGGUGUAGAAAGCAGAAGGUCGGUGCUAAAAAGAUGGUUAUUACAUGCAUUUGUGGAAUAAAACUAAUCAUAGGGUGCUUCCUGACAUCAUAGCUAGGAGUGACAGUUUGGGAAGACAAACCCGGAACAGGAAGUAACUCAUUAAAUGAAUACUUCCUACCAGAGAUCUUGAGCUAUUGUUGCUGUUUAAGCACAAUAUAGCCUCCUGCCCCUUCUCUGAUUUUGCUGGUCCAGGUGGACUAACAGUGAACACAGCAGGAAACAUAAUAAGGACAUAAGGACUGCCCUCCUGUCUCAGAAAUGAUAAAUCUGUCCUCUAUUAAUUUCUAAAAAAAUUUCAAGCUGCCUAAGGUAGUGACCAUCAUUGCAUCUUAUGGCACUAUAUUGAUUAGUUAAUUGUGCUUUAACUUAUGGAAUUCACUGCCACCGGAUGUGGUCGUUUCCCCUUCCAUCUGUGCAUGUGCGUUGAACCAGUACUCUGAAUUAAUAUACUAGCUGAUCACCAUAAUGCUGUGACACCUGGAAAAAGUUGACCUCUGGACACAGCCAGAGUUCGCAGAGAAUUCGGUCACAGUAUCGUUUGUGCAUGUAUGUACAUAAAUGUGUAAAAGCACCUGUGUAAGCUAUACAUAUAAUGAAAUAUCAGUCCUGAUAUUUAAUUUUUAAACUAAAAUUAAACUAAAUUUACAUUAGAUUCCAGAGUGGCCAAACUUCAGGGCCUGGAGAGAGACUGGCUUAGAUUAUGCACAGCGAGCCGUCCACUGAAGAGCAAGUCAUACAUGUUGUUUCUGCGCCAGCCAACAGCCUAUCCGUGCUGCUAGCAGAAGCUGCACCAUGCCUACUAACCUAUACAUCAGUGCAGCGGACUUGUGUUGGGAAUGAGGGGUGUACUAUAUUUACCUGAAUAGAAGAGUUUGAAUUUAAAAUGGCCCCCUUAAAAACAGAGGUAAAAUGCAGCCUAAACCUGUAUUUACCCAAAUGGAACAAGACACUGAAUGUAAGACAACCAUCCAAUUUCUAAUAUCAAAGAACUUGGAAAAAACCUAAUCUUGGAUUCAGGCAAAUUUGGAAGGUUGCAACUGCACUGACAUAUUGCUUGGCAGGUACAACGUAGCUCCCACCUCCUCUGCCGGCAGCAUGGACAGACAGUUGGGUGGCGUGGAAGGAACCUCCUUCUUUGAUGGGUGGCUUGCCAUGCAGAACGUUUUGAGAACAUCAGAUGCAAAAUCAUGGCCACGGUUUGUGUCACAGGAAAGCAAGAAAAUUAAGCCAAGGUCAAAUGGGAAUUAAUUUUGAAGAGGAGUAGCUCCCCUCACUAAAAUAAAGACUAGUUGUAAAAGUAAUUGGUUAGGAACAUAGGAAGCUGCCGUAUACUGAAUCAGACCAUUGGUCUAUCUAGCUCAGUAUUGUAUCUACCCAGACUGGCAGCGGCUUCUCCAAGGUUGCAGGCAGGAAUCUCUCUCAGCCCUAUCUUGGAGAUGCCAGGGAAGGAAGUUGGAAUCUAGAUGCUCUUCCCAGAGCGGCUUCAUCCGCUGAGGGGAAUAUCUUACAGUGCUCUCAUGUGGUUGUCAGCUUUCACAAAGCUCUGUGCUUUCAAAAGAUGCAGGGAAGGCAGAAAUGCAAAAGCAGCAGUGGUUCUCCAGAGAGAAUGCAAGAAAUGCCAUCCUGCCUGUUGAAUGUCUGCCUGUCAUACAACUGUAAAGGCAGAGACAAAAGGUGCACCACAAUCUAUUUAAUUCUGAAUGGGCUGUUGCUGGUUAGAGGGAAUACGAGAUGCAUCGUUGCUAAAAGAGUACAAUAAAAGAUAAUUGCUUUCCUUCAGGUAGGGGUUCUUUACUCUCAGGGGACAGAAAGCACAUCAUUGGGAAAAGACAGGAUUCCAUUUCACUUCUGACUUAGGAUAGGAUAAAAAGGUUUGGCAAGAAGGAAGCAGGGCUUAAUUUGUGCCAAGAUUUGAGCCUCAACUUACAUUCUAAAUACUGGGGCUUUGCUGAAACUAUAUAUACUAGCAUAACCCUUGCAGAGCAUCUGCGCUCUAGUACUUGAUUGCUCCCCUCACCCCCUGCCACCGCCCCCCUCACCUCAGAGAUCUCUCCACCCUCACCUGAGCUGCACUCCUGCUCCUCCUCCUCCAUCCCAUUGCUUCCAUCCCCCUCGCUCCUCUUGGUCGGGGCUUGCAGCCCCCUAACCCGAGACCUCCUCACCCGAGCCCCACUCCUGCUCCUCCCCGCAGGAGUAGCAGCAGCAGCAGUUGACCGAGCCCUUCCUCACUUCCGCCGCCACCAAGGCUGCUUGUUCCCGUCAGGAUGCUGACAGGCUCAGGCCCCUCCCUCACCUGCCCGCUUGCCUCUCCCUCUCUUCCUUUCUGAGUUAACAGAUCUUGUUUCCUUAUCUAAUUCAGCCCCUAUCUAAUUUCAGCCCUCUAAUUCAGCCCCUAUCUGAAGGGGCUCUUUCCUCCAUCACAACCAGGUUCCUCUUCCCUAUCUGCAUAUGGAAUUCCCGCUGCCCAAUCACCACGGUGCUCCUGCUCUGUUACCUCCAAUUGGUAAAGCACUGUGUGGGUGGGGCUUGCCAUGCACCCUUUGCCACAGACCACCUAAGCCUUUUAUAUAGAUUUUUGUCAUGGUGAGUAGUAUCAGUGUAGCCCUGUUGAGGUCACAGUUCACCAAGUUCCUAGCUCAGCCUAUGUUUUGAAGGAAAUUUGGAGCAAACAUGAAAAUGACACCAAAGUAAAAAAAGAAAGGGAAAAGGCCAUUUUAUAGUGAUGGGUUCCCCAUAUCAAAAUAGUUGUGUGUAUCAUUCACAAGCCUACCUGGCCUUUUUGUUCUUUUAAAAUUCAUCAUAAUGAAACCUGGAGAUUUGGGAGAGGGGGGACUACCCCCAGAACAGGUGCAGAAUAUAUUUCUCUGAGUAAAUAUUCUGACACAGCAGGGACUAGAGAAAAAGGCUUCCAGAUCAGAAGGUAGUAUUUGCUGGUACACUUGAGCCCUGACAUUUUUUCAGUAAUCAAGCACUGGGAGGAAGGCUUAGCAUAAACUCUUCUAGAUUUCAGGCCACAAUAGAGAAAAGCAACAUAUGUGUGAUCAGUUCAUGGCUCGGAGACUCACUGUCCCACAAAGCACAUUUGCCUUUUCUAAGGAAACAGGUUCUUCUAAUAAAAAUCAGAUACUAUCUAACACCAGGCAAAAAUCUUUUUGACAGAAGUGGUGCCAUAGAAAAUACAUUUCAAUGGACAGCCAUUUCGAUAAGAUGCUUAAUAUGCUGAAGCUAUACAAUGAAUAUUUUUUUGUUCUGGUGACCACUAUUGUUCAGGCCUGGCCAUGCUGAGAUCACAUUUCAUCAACUUCCUGGUUCAACCCACAUUUUGAGAUUAUGAAAAUUGUGCCACCAGAAAAAGCUACCUUGUGGUGAUGGCUUCACCCUAUGUAAACAGUUGUGCAUCUGCCUCCACCAUUUUUCUUUACAAGAUUUAUCCUAGUGAGCCUUCCAAGUAAAGAUGGAGAGAAGGAUUUAUGAGUUUCUUCAGUAUUUCUCCAGCAUUUUCCCCAAGCCACUGACCACUGGCCAUAAGCUAAUGCUUCUUUCUGAAAUGGAGGAAGGAGAAUGGGUCAGAAUCAACAAGAACUUUAUUGCCUGCUAUUUAGGGAUGGGCUUCCUAUAAACUUGGACUAGGAUGGAGGAGAAGUUUCAUAAUGACUUUCAUUCCAUAACAAAAAGGGGCAGGUUCACUCUGUGCUUUGGCCCAAUCAAGAUACACACAUGCACACAAACACCAGUCCGCUUCUUCUGCACUCCAGUGCAGCAGUACUGAAAGAAAAUGGCAAACAUUGCUAGGUAGCAGCAUGUAGUGUUGGAUUUGUAGGUGCCUGCUUCACCAUAUAGCCACAUAAAGAUGUAGGAGUAAUUCAUUUCAUUCAUCCUUUAAAGUAAACUCCCAUGUGACAACCACUAAAUGAAGAAAAGCACAUCAGAAUAGUUAUCCAAAAUGCAAAAAAUAAUAAUUUUUUUAAAAAAUCAGAAUCUAUGGUUUAUCUAUAAUGGCUCUAAAAUCAGUAAUUCCCUCCAAGGAACCCUAGGAAUUGAAAUUUUAUGAGGCAGAGAGGGAUCUCCCACCAAGAUAUCACAGCAUCCUUACUGCAGUUCCUUGACUCACGUAGGAAGUCAGAACAGUUAAUAUGGCUUAAAAAUAAUUUAACAUCUAAAAACCAAGGUAGAACAAAAGCCAAAUGAUAUCGCUCACAUUCCAUUCCACUGGAAAAUACUUGAAAUUAACUAAAAGGCCAUAAUAAAUCUAUGCUGUUAUGAAGUUUCCAGAUCGUUAUUUUUGUCUUUUUUUGUACUAACUUGUAAGUUGUAUGAGAAACAUUUUGAGUAUAAAACUGACUCUGUAAAUAUUUUUCAAUGUAAAUGUUACUGCCAGAUUGUACGUAGAGUGACAGAACACAUAAAAACUCAGUUGGAUGUUCAGUGUCCUGUACUAAUAGAAUGGAAUAAAACUUUCAAUUUGUUUAUUGUA